GCACUCAGGAGAUUCCAAGAACCUGUAUGCAAUUGGCACAUGCAGGAUAGAUGGAGUUUGCUGGUCACUGCCAGUUUCAGUGUGACCUGUCCCAGGAACAGGGUGGGAAGUGAUACAGCAGGACACUUGAUCUCUAGUAUGCACACAAAAAGUCAUGGAGGAGGAAGAGGAGGAAGCCUGUCUUCGUAGUGCUAGAAGGCACUCUGCAGGCUGAUGUGGGAGGGUUGUCAUCAACAGUUGCAGCUGUGGACUCCUGUAACAGGGACAACUCUCUUGGAAGUAAUUAGCCACUUGUGAAAUUUGAGACCUCCACAGAAAGAAAUUCACAUAUGGUACUGAAGCUUAGUUAAAUGCUCCUGAUUAAGGAGGAUAUAGGUCCUACCUACUUGGGAAGCAACCGCUGUAAUUUAGUGAAAUGAUCUGAAUGGUCUCAUCAAAUUGUCUUCUAAAUAAUUGUAGCCAUAGAUUAGUGUUAAGGUUAACUUCAGUUCACAGAGAUCUGCAUGGCCUUGAGUGCUAGGACUAAAGGUGUGUGCCACCAUGCUUAGCAAUUUUACGUUUGUGUAUGUGUACAUGUCUGCCAUGUGCAGCUGCCCGAGGAUGACAGAAAGGGGCAUUGGGUCUUCUGGAGCUGCAGUACAAGAGCUACUGACAAAUUCUAGGACCUAAAGUUGGGUCCCUCAAGAAGAUCAGCAAGUACUCUACCAGCGUGGGCCAUCUCUCCAGUCACAGAGGCUUCGAUUGCAUGGGAAGGAGGGAGCACAGUGGGAGCUGCAGGAUCGAAAUGUGGCCACUCCGAGAGAUUACUAUUUUGCACUGGCCCACACCGUCCGGGACCACCUCGUGGGACGUUGGAUCCGCACACAGCAGCAUUACUACGAAAAGGACCCCAAGAGGAUCUACUACCUGUCUCUGGAAUUCUACAUGGGACGGACACUGCAGAACACCAUGGUGAACCUGGCCUUGGAGAAUGCCUGUGAUGAGGCCACCUACCAGCUGGGCUUGGACAUGGAGGAGCUGGAGGAGAUCGAGGAGGAUGCAGGGUUGGGCAAUGGGGGCCUGGGACGCCUGGCAGCUUGCUUCUUGGACUCCAUGGCUACACUGGGGCUAGCUGCCUACGGUUAUGGGAUCCGCUAUGAGUUUGGGAUUUUUAACCAGAAGAUCUGUGGGGGUUGGCAGAUGGAAGAAGCUGAUGACUGGCUUCGCUAUGGAAACCCAUGGGAGAAGGCCCGCCCAGAGUUCACGCUGCCUGUGCACUUCUAUGGUCGAGUGGAGCACACCAGCCAGGGUGCCAAGUGGGUGGACACACAGGUGGUGUUGGCCAUGCCCUAUGACACUCCUGUGCCUGGCUAUCGAAACAACGUUGUCAACACCAUGCGCCUCUGGUCGGCCAAGGCACCUAAUGACUUCAACCUCAAGGACUUCAACGUUGGCGGCUACAUCCAGGCGGUGCUGGACCGAAACCUGGCUGAGAACAUCUCACGUGUUUUGUACCCCAAUGAUAACUUCUUUGAAGGGAAGGAGCUGCGGCUGAAGCAGGAGUACUUUGUGGUGGCUGCCACCCUCCAAGACAUCAUCCGGCGCUUCAAGUCCUCCAAGUUUGGCAGCCGUGAUCCUGUGCGCACGAACUUUGACGCCUUCCCUGAUAAGGUGGCCAUCCAGCUCAAUGACACUCACCCCUCUUUGGCCAUCCCUGAGCUGAUGAGGAUCCUGGUGGACCUGGAACGACUGGACUGGGACAAGGCCUGGGACGUGACAGUGAAGACCUGUGCCUACACCAACCACACAGUGCUGCCUGAAGCCCUGGAGCGCUGGCCAGUGCACCUCAUGGAGACACUGCUGCCCCGCCACCUGCAGAUCAUUUACGAGAUCAACCAGCGGUUCCUUAACCGAGUGGCGGCUGCAUUUCCUGGGGACGUAGAUAGGCUGCGGCGCAUGUCCCUCGUGGAGGAAGGAGCGGUGAAACGCAUCAACAUGGCACACCUGUGCAUUGCUGGCUCGCACGCAGUCAACGGUGUGGCUCGCAUCCAUUCGGAGAUCCUCAAGAAAACCAUCUUCAAGGACUUUUAUGAGCUGGAGCCUCACAAGUUCCAGAACAAGACCAAUGGCAUCACCCCUCGGCGCUGGCUGGUUCUGUGUAACCCUGGGCUGGCAGAGGUCAUUGCUGAGCGCAUUGGUGAGGAGUAUAUCUCAGACCUGGACCAGCUGCGCAAGCUGCUCUCCUAUGUGGAUGAUGAAGCCUUCAUCCGUGAUGUGGCCAAAGUGAAACAGGAAAACAAGUUGAAAUUCUCUGCAUACCUCGAGAGGGAGUACAAAGUCCACAUCAACCCCAACUCGCUCUUCGACGUCCAGGUGAAAAGGAUUCAUGAAUAUAAGCGCCAGCUUCUCAAUUGCCUUCACAUCAUCACCUUGUAUAACCGCAUCAAAAGGGAGCCCAACAGGUUCAUGGUGCCAAGGACUAUCAUGAUUGGAGGCAAGGCUGCCCCCGGGUACCACAUGGCUAAGAUGAUCAUCAAGCUUAUCACUGCCAUUGGGGAUGUGGUGAACCACGAUCCUGCGGUAGGAGACCGCCUCCGAGUGAUCUUCCUGGAGAACUACCGAGUCUCACUGGCUGAGAAAGUUAUCCCCGCCGCUGACCUCUCAGAGCAGAUCUCCACUGCGGGCACCGAGGCCUCGGGCACUGGCAACAUGAAGUUCAUGCUGAAUGGGGCUCUGACCAUCGGCACCAUGGACGGCGCCAACGUGGAGAUGGCAGAGGAGGCGGGGGAGGAGAACUUCUUCAUCUUCGGCAUGCGAGUGGAGGACGUGGAUAGGCUGGACCAGAGAGGGUACAAUGCCCAGGAGUACUACGACCGAAUUCCUGAGCUUCGGCAGAUCAUCGAACAGUUAAGCAGCGGCUUCUUCUCCCCCAAACAGCCUGACCUGUUCAAGGACAUUGUCAACAUGCUCAUGCACCAUGACCGGUUUAAAGUCUUUGCAGAUUAUGAGGAAUAUAUUAAAUGCCAGGACAAAGUCAGUGAGUUGUACAAGAACCCAAGAGAGUGGACACGGAUGGUGAUCAGGAACAUAGCCACCUCUGGCAAGUUUUCCAGUGACCGCACCAUUGCCCAGUAUGCCCGGGAGAUCUGGGGUGUUGAACCUUCUCGCCAGCGCCUGCCAGCCCCGGAUGAGAAGAUCUGAGCUUUCACACCAGACCCCAUACCUACCCUUGAGUCUGUUUGCAAUUCCUGGGAUCAGGCCCACUCCAGGUGGUGGGCCUCUGGAAUUAUAUCUCUACCCUCACCCUUUGGGAACCCUCUUUUCCCAAUCUCUAGGUCCCGAUGCCCAGUGUGACUAAAGACCCUGCCCUCUUCUUUUCCCUCAACUCCCUACCUCUUUUAUUUAUGUAUGGGGUCUAACCAAAUGCACCCACUCCCCAAUAAAUCGACUCUCCCUGAGCUUCCUUA